AUGAGAAGGUCUGGAGAUGUCAACCAGGAGCUCAUGGUGAUCUGCUUUACACAACAAGGUACGGCUAAGGGCACGGUCCCCACCACUGUGUUGUCCUAUUCUGACUACAUUUCCCGACCGGAGGAGCACCACAGCGUGCUGCGCUUCGAUAAAGGCGAGACAGAGAAGCCCUGCCGUGUGGCCAUCAUCGAUGACUCGCUCUAUGAGCCAGAGGAAAGCUUUAAUGUCACCCUCAGCAUGCCCAUGGGCGGCCGACUGGGACAGGAGUUUUUCACCACAAGAGUCAACAUACUGCCCGAUGCAGACGAUGAGUGUGUUGUUCUUCUCCACAGUUUGAGGUCUUGUAAGAUCACAGAUGAAGGUCGUGCUGUUCUGGAGUCAGCUCAGAGAUCAAACCCCUCACACAGACACAUCUGUACCUCUGAGUAA